AUGGAGAAGAUUCCUCAUACUGACAAUAUGAGUUUUCGCCCGUGCCAGCCAAAGAGGCUGAACACUUACACAAAUACCUUAGGUAUAAAACUAAAGACUGAGAUCAGCCAAUUCAUUGAUAAGCCGUGGGAAGCUUUCGCCGCACUGAAACGAAAGUUCGAAGCCCUGACCGAAGAUGAUAUCCCGACAUUAGAAGGAAAAAUGAACCGCAUCACACAAGAACGGAACGAAUCUUAUGCCAGUCUUAUCAGUCAUCUCAACAUGUCAUUUGUAAAAUUCAAGAACGCCGGAGGUUCGAAGACCAAUAACAACCUAUGCGCUAUCCUAUGA